CUAACUCACCUGAGUUGAACACACACGCACACACUGAGAGAGAGAGAGAUGAAUCUGUGUGCGGCGCGCGCAAUGAGAAUGAGUUCGUUUCUCGCUUGUGUUUUAUGACGCGUCUUUAAUGUGGAUUUGACCCCAGCAGUGGAUACAGAAGAUCACCUGGAUGAUUAUUAUACUGGAAACCUCCAUAUAUCACCCAGAGAUGUGAUGAGAAAUAAAAGAGAGACAGAAACUACCGAAUAAACAAACAACAUGACAAAACUACUGACCUGCAUCGGUUUAAUAUUUUACAGAGCAAUGCUGUGUGUAGAUGGUGAGUUUAUCGAACCUCCUUCUUCACUGGUCCUGCGGUCAUUUAUCGGCACACAGACCCGUCUGCCGUGCCGGUUUGCCGCACAGGAGGACGAGAGUGUGGUGCAGGUGACCUGGUACAGACAAAAACCUGGAGGUGAAAGAGAGCAGAUCAUUAUUGGACAUUUCACUGAGGGACCCGAAGCGUCACCUGAUUUUCUGAACCGUGUUCAGUUUGAGAGUCAUAAGCCAACAGUUGACUCAACACUUUUGAUUCUGGACACAAAGAAAGUCGAUCAGGCUACAUACACCUGUCACAUCACCACAUUCCCAUCAGGAAACUUCGAAAGACAAAUCGAUGUCACAGUCUGGAUUUUACCCAUCUCCACGCUGGAGCCGGUGAUCUUGCAGGAAGGCCAAUCGUCUCGCAUGGCUGCUUCCUGUCGUUCCGUUGGUUAUCCACCUCCACGUCUCUCCUGGGACACGGACAUUACCGGACAGUCUCAGAAUCGAACUGGCGAUAACGGCCUCGUGACUUCAGAAUUCUCCCUUAAUCCGGUGCGCAGCAUGAAUGGCCAUCGCCUGGACUGUCUGGUGUGGCAUCCGGCUUUAGACAAACCCCGGAGACUCCAAAACAACCUGAUUGUACAAUAUCCACCAGAUGCAGAGAUCCAUGCCUUUGGUUCCUGGAGGUUUGGCAAAACAGGAGCAGAACUCCGAUGUGCAGUUAAAGGAAACCCACAGCCUCACAACAUCACCUGGAGCAGGAAAGGAGAUCAUUUACCCGACAGUGUGUUAGUUCAGGGUGACAAACUCAUCUUCAGUCGUCCUCUAAACAUGACAGAUAAAGGCGUUUACGUGUGUCAGACGGCAAACACUGUUGGGAGUAUUAAAUCUGAGUAUAAAGUGGAGAUUGAAGAAAAUACAGAAGGAAUUAUCGAGCGGAUCAAGGCGCAUUCAGAGACCAUGCUGAUCGUUUUAGGAGCAUCUGCUGCUGGAAGUCUGGUGGUCAUCAUGGUGAUCAUUCUCAUUUACGUCAACUGUCACCUUAAACAUAAAAACAGAAAUCUGAAGCGAGCCCUCAGUGUCCAAACAGAGCAGAUGGUCAGUCUCUCACGACAGGCGUCUAUGAGGCGACUCGGCUCCAUCACUUCUGAUCCCAGGAUACCGCCUGAAGAAAACUCAUUCACUCACAUGAAUAGAAGCAUGGGAAAAAGUCUUUUAUCAAUGGAGGAUUACUCUAUAAUAGGUGAUCAGAGAAGUCGACAGGGUGACUAUGACUAUCUUGGGCGUCCUGCGAUCUAUACAGCAUUCGAGCCAGAACGGGCCAGUAGGAAGCUUAGAGAGAGAGACGAAGAGAUAAAGGAACGACAAAGAAGAGUCGCGUCUUUUGUGAAGUCCAGUGAUGCAUCUCUGGAUUCAGGUCUUCACAGGGACCACAGUUCUCCUCCAUCCAUGAGCACCGGUCCGGCCGCAGACACGGGUGCAGACAGCUGGAAUCGUGGUUCUUGCAGAGAGAUUCACAGACAGGAACCUGAUGAGAGAGACACGGAAAUGCAGACGGACAGAAUUCCAGAAGGAGAGGAGGAAACCUCUGCUAUAAACUCUUACCAGAUAUCUGAGGCCAUGAACAACUUUCGUUACAGUAACGGUGGACUCACCCCGAAAGCAAGCGCUAACGGCAUCAUAUUACACCCGCGAGGACGUCAAUCUGAAGUCAUCUGAUAAACGACAACAUUCCUAAACGAUACCACAUAACAGCAGAAAGUUUGAGACUUGUCAUCUGUGCGUGUGGUUCGUAGUGACAGACUGUUAAAGGAAUCAUUCUGUCAACUUUAUACUAAACACAAAUGAUGUUUUAUAAGGGAUGUGAUGGGACAGUGAAGGAUUUCCCAUGAAUACAAACACACGUCAACUUCAAAGAGAAUCAUCUCUGCUGAUUCAAACACUGACACUCCAGUGAAUCCACUGAAUCCUGUCUGUGUAUAAUAUUGUUGAAUAUAAUAUUUACCUGGUUAAGACACGGUCUACCUCUGUACUUAACACAACACUGUGCCAAGACAACAACAAAAAUAGAGAAGAAAGUCAUUUUUGGACAUUAAAAUAGU